UGGCUUUUAUUGUGAUCAGCAUUUCAUUGAUAUAGAGUUUUCUCUACCGUAGGCACCAUGGGAGUACCCAAGUUCUUCCGCUACAUCAGCGAGCGGUAUCCCAGCCUCAAUGAGCUGGUGCGAGAGAAUCAGAUUCCAGAGUUUGACAAUCUCUAUCUGGACAUGAACGGGAUAAUUCACACGUGCUCCCAUCCAGACGACUCCAAUGUGCACUAUCGCAUCUCGGAGGAUAAGAUGUUCAAGGCGAUCUUCCACUACAUCGACGUCCUGUUCCGCAUCAUUCAGCCGCAGAAGCUCAUGUUUAUGGCCAUUGAUGGCGUGGCGCCGCGCGCCAAGAUGAACCAGCAGCGUGGCCGGCGCUUCCGCACGGCCAAGGAGGCGGAGCUGCAGGAGAAGAAGGCGCGCGAGAAGGGCGAGAAGCUGCCCGACGAGGCGCGCUUCGACAGCAACUGCAUCACGCCCGGCACGCCGUUCAUGGCGCGCCUGCAGAAGGCGCUGAAGUUCUUUGUGAAGAAGCGCAUCAGCGAGAGUGACAUCUGGCAGAAGUGCCGCGUGAUACUGAGCGGGCACGAGACGCCCGGCGAGGGAGAGCACAAGAUCAUGGAGUACAUCAGGUUCCUCAAGUCCAAGCCCGACUGGGAUCCCAACACGCGCCACUGCCUGUACGGCCUGGACGCGGAUCUGGUCAUGCUGGGUCUGUGCACGCACGAGCAGCACUUCUCGCUGCUGCGCGAGGAGGUGAAGUUCGGGAAGAACGUGAAGCACGCCUCGUCUGUGGACACCACGCGCUUCUACCUUCUGCAUCUGGGCCUCCUGCGGGAGUACAUCGAGAUGGAGUUCGGCAGCCUGAAGGCGACACUCAAGUUCCCCUUCGACAUCGAGGCCAUCGUGGACGAUUGGGUGCUGAUGGGAUUCCUUGUGGGCAACGAUUUCAUCCCGAAUCUGCCCAAUCUGCACAUUAACAAGAACGCACUGCCAGAGAUUUAUGCCACGUACAAGAGCAUCCUGCCCAGUCUGGAUGGUUAUCUGAACGACAGUGGGAAGCUGAAUUUGCCGCGCUUGGAGGUGUUCCUGCGGAAGCUCGGGCUGAAAGACAAGGAGUUCUUCGAGGAACACUACGAUGAUUUGCGAUAUCUUGAGGCCAAGACAGGUCUGACCAACGGAUUGGGUGAAUCUGACACGGAUUCGGAUCCCAAUCUGGGUGCGUUUGACUGCCCGGACGACGAAUUGAUGCGAAUGAUCAAAGAGACGGAGGAAAAGUAUGACACCUCAAGCGAUUCCGAUAAUGAUGAAGAGGCGAUAUUUGAGAAGAAUUUCAUCAAAUACAAGAAGAACUACUACACUAGUAAGCUCAAAUAUCCAGAUAUGACGGAAAAUGUCCUGCGCGAGCAGACAAAGUGCUACAUUGAGGCGCUGCAAUGGACGCUGUACUACUACUAUCGCGGAAUUGUGUCCUGGGCAUGGUAUUAUCCUCAUCACUAUGCGCCCUUUGUCAGUGACUUGAAGGAUUUCGGCGAUUUGCAAUUGGACUUUGAGAUCGGGAGGCCUUUUCUCCCCUUCGAGCAGCUGCUGGCCGUUUUGCCGGCUGCCAGCAAGACACUCCUGCCCGAGGCGUAUCAGGACCUCAUGACAGAUCCUCAGAGUGACAUCAUUGAGUACUAUCCGCUGGAGUUCGAGACGGACUUGAAUGGGAAGCGCCAGGAAUGGGAAGCCGUUGUUCUCAUUCCCUUCAUCGACGAGGAGCGUCUGUUGCGGGCGAUGAAGGAGUGCAGCAAGUAUCUCACGGAGGAAGAGGUGUUGCGCAACAGUCACGGACCAAUGCUGCAAUACGACUUCGUGGCUGAAAAUCAAGGAUCUUGCGUGGGUCCGGAAGAGGAAAUUCUGCACAAAGUGUUUGCGUUGGAAACGCCUGUUGAACGUAUGGAUAUUUAUGUGCCGCCCGACAGAAUGGUGCUGAAGAUGUCCGAGAAGACGCUGAAGGGUGUCUUCUUCCCUGGAUUUCCCACCACGAAGUAUCUGCAGUACACCUCGAAGCUCGCCAUGGCGCGCGUGAAGGUCUUCGAGCAGCCCAGCAUGAACGAAAGCAUGAUCAUGUGCGUGGAUCCGACGUCAAACAAACUCGAACAGCUGGACUUUGAGACGCUGGCGAGGACGCUGGUGGGCAAGGAAGUGUUCACGGGAUGGCCACACUUGAUCGAGGGCAAGGUAACCGCGGUGUCCAAUGAGGUGAAGAAAUUGGGCGCCAAUGCGGCGCCUCAGGAAUACGACACAAGAGCCUACAAUUUGGCCAUCGUGGGCCUUCGUGAGCACCACAAGAUUCGACUGGGAAUCGACAUUGGAGAGACAACAAAGCUGGUUCAUGUGCUGCCCAUUGAGUCUCGGGAUUACAUCUUCGGCAGUCAGGGCGUGAUGACGCUGAGGAAAGUGUGGUCAAAGGUGGAACAGGCUUUUCCACUUCAGUUGGUUGUGAAAGAUCUUCAAGUGCACAAUGCGGACUUUCAGCAGUUCAAGAGUGUGGAGGAAGUCUUCCCGAUCGGAUCCACGAUCUUUCUGCUCAGCACUCCGCAGUAUGGGUGCAAAGGUGAGGUCGUGGAUACUUCAACAGUGACGAAGAACGAGAGGAUUCGAGUGUCGCUCAAUGUCUAUCCUGAGCCGCAGUUCCCCGAGCUGAUCAGGAAGCACAGACAGUCGUCAGAGAAAUAUCUCUCUUGCCUGAAAGCUGCGACUGUGAUUGGCGUGACGACGUCCGUGUUGGGCAUGAUCUCUGGCUCUGUGAUCAUCAUUGGCGGCGCUCGGCGGCCUGUGCACAAUGAUGACAAUGUAAAGAAGGUGAAUGUGGGCUUGCUGAUGCAGUCGCGGAAGGCGAACGUUGAGAUUCCGGGCUACACGAAGAAGAUCCAGGGCUACUGGUACUACAGCAAGGAUGCUCUGACCAUCGUGUCGGCGUACUUGAAUCGCUUCCCGAGGCUGUUCAACGUUCUCUCGGCGCGGCGGCAUGGAGACAUCUUUGAGGAGGAUCUGGAGCCUGAGAUUGUGGACGGAAGUCUGCUGCAGGAGAUGGUGAAGUUCGUGAAGGAGCAGCCACACUACAACAUGGACAGACAAGUGAUUGGUGCGCAGGUGAUAGAGAAGGACAUCAUUGAGGAGAUAAUCGAUGUUGUCCAGGAGACAAAGAGUCAGAUGUACAAACAGAUGAAGCUGCAGAUCAAGCCAAAGCUGAUCUACCGGCCGGGAUUAACGAAGACGAGCAAGGGACCUGAUCCAGAUGUGAUCUUCAAGCUCUUCGAUCGUGUCAUCGUGGCCAGCACGGCGUAUCCCGUACCGCUGGGCCACAAAGGCACCGUUGUGUCAAUUAUUCCCGAAUCGGAUCCCAAUCCGAUCCACUUCGAGACGCGCAAGACGGCGGGAACGAACCUGAUCGACGUGCUGUUCGAUGAAGAGUUCGAGAAUGGCUCGGCGCUGUAUGGAUUGGCGGACAAGAGGGUGUUCCGUGUGCCGGAUUACAUCCUCAUCAACAUCACGUACGGCAGAGUGAAGUAUUCGAAAGAUACGAAGGAUUCGAAGGAUACGAAGGAUACGAAGGAUACGAAGGACACGAAGGAGCAGCAGAAGCCGCAACAGAGCCGGGAGCUUUAUCCCAGGGUGCCGCUGAAGGCGCAACAGGAGGAGAAGAAAGCCUCGCCGCCGAGGAAUCGCUCUCCGAAGAUGUCCGGCAAGGCGAAUGGCGUGAAGAGUCAGGAGAAGUUGAAACUCCAGCCGGGCAAUCAGUACAAUGACAUCUGGUCGAAACUGAAGGAGCAGAAACAUCUUCCGCCUGCCCACAUGAUUCCCACGAACCACGUCCAACCCUCGGACACCGCCAAGGAUGGGUCGGAUUUGCUGCGGAAGCUGCUGAAGCUGGACGUGACGCCUGGAGAAGCGAAGACUUCGAGUGUUCCUGACCAGCCAACGGCGCCGGCUAAAUUGCCGCCGCCACCGCCUCUGUGGCGUCAAGAGGCGGCGGCCAAGAGUAUGAAGACAAAGGCAUCGGCGUCCAAGAAUCCUCCAGCAGAGGCUGAGAUGAAGGCGAAGCAGGAACCACGGAGAGCACAAUCAAUGCAGGGACUAAUGGGCAUACCACCACUCAUGUCCAAGGGAUCCUUCCAGCCCGCGCUGUCGGCGUUCGCGAUGCACCAGAAGAAGCCGCCCCUCGUUUAUCCCACGCCGCCGUUCUCCGGCGCUUAUCCCUACUGGCAGAUGCGCCCGAAUUUCCAGCAGCAGCCGCUCAACUUCUGGCCACACGCGAGGCCUCAGGGAUUCCCCGUGAACUUCAUGCAGCCACACCAGCCUGUCGCUCCGCCGGCGCCACCGCCAACACUGCAAAGCAGCCACAGCGACUUCAUCCCUCUGCAGGCGGCCAGGAAGAUCGUGAAACAGAAGAACAUGCAAGCGAAGGAUGUGAAGGAGACUUUUGAGCAGCGCAAUGCUCAGCAAAGACAGCGAGUGGAGCAGAAUCAGGAGGAGAACAGACAGAAAUUCACUGCCUUCAUGGAGAAGUUGGCCGGAAAGAGGGUGGAAGCGCCAGAUCAGGAGGAAUCUCCUGCCAAGACGCAACGGAACAAGAAAGUGCAGCCUCCGACGCCUCGGCAGGCACGCAUCGCAGCUAAGUUCGAUAUAAGCUCAUAAAGUUUUUUAGGACUGGAAAUCAUAGAUCAGGAAGUCCCAGAAUACUUCUCAAGUUAAUCUUCCGGAUGUUGGAAGACUGAGAAAGAGAGUUAAGUAAGACACUCUACAAUUGUUAACAACUUGAAAUAUAUUUUACAUUGUGGG